CCCGCCCCGAUGGAUGAUUGUGAAACUCAUCUCUACUGAUAAAACUAACUUGAUGAAUUCUAAAAAAGAAGUAGUCCAAGGUCAAAGUACAGAAGACAGGCAUAUUGAUCACUUUAUAGAUAUAAUAUUGUGCAGUGUUAAUGUCUAAUGUUGUAGAGCAAAGUAAAAUUUAAUAGAUAGGACUACUAGCAAUAUAGGCAUUAAUUUGAAUAGCAUUGUGGCUGGUCCUUUUUACUACCUAAAUUGAUUUGGUUAGAGUGACUAUAAUGUUAAAAAUCUCCCUUUUUGAACAAAUUGAGAAUGAUCGCAUUUUGCAAUGCUAAUAGAAUAGACAUGAUAUUUUUCCCAGAAAACCAACGAAGCAUAAUUGGUGGAGAUCCAGCCAAUGUGGACUCAUGGUUCCUUAUGUCGCGUCCAUGGCCUGUGCUGCUCAUCAUCCUGCUGUACCUUGGCUUUGUGCUCAGGUUAGGACCUGCACUCAUGAAGAACCGCCGUCCUCUACAGAUGCAGAACCUUCUGUUGGCCUACAACGGCUCUCUGGUGGUUUUCAGUGUCUGGUGGAUAGUCAAGGCUGUUUUUCAAUUCCAAACAACAGUUGCUAGUGAAGAAGAUACUAUCUAUGUGAAUUCCCUGAUCUGGUACUACUUGAUGUCAAAGUUUGUGGAGUUAUUAGAUACUGUAUUCUUUGUGCUGAGGAAAAAGCAGAACCAAAUUUCUUUCCUGCAUGUAUACCAUCAUACAAAUAUGGCUUUCUUCACUUGGGCCUUCCUUAAAUACAUUAGAGGUGAGCAGUUCAUGAUGAUCGGCUAUGUAAACUCUGCUGUACAUGCAGUCAUGUACAGUUACUAUUUCCUGGCAGCACUGGGUCCUCAGUUCCGCAAAUUCCUCUGGUUCAAACCCUACAUCACCUGGAUGCAAAUGGGCCAGUUUGUGUUUCUGAUUGGAUACCUGAUAAGGUUACUGGUAUAUGCGUGUGAUCUUCCUCGUGUCUUCACACAGUUUGCUGUAGUCAACACUCUCAGCUUCCUCAUCCUCUUCAUGAACUUCUACACACAAACCUAUUCCAAUCAGAAGCACAAACAGGGAAACUGAUUUCACAAUUUAACUUUUAAGAUGACAAAAAUCAAAAGGGCAUUUGCUUCUCUCUUUUUUGUCUGACAUUAACAAAUUACAGUAACAUCAGAAAAGUGAACUACCUUUGUGAUUGGGUUGACAAUGGCAAUGUUUCUUUUCAUUUGUUAGACAUAAUGUUAAGGAGAACAUAAUCGUUUCAAUCAAUAACCAAUCAAUUAUGUGAUUAAUAUUGUAGCCAUAACUAAUUAACAGCAAAGACACAAGCUUAAUAAUAGUUUACAUGCAUUCGAUAUUCAUAACAGGGAUUAAUGCUAUUAUGAUAUGUAUAAAUGACAAACUGAGCUUGGAAAAGUGCAAAUUGUUAAUAGGUGCUUACAAAAUAUUCUGUGAUUUAAUGUAAUUAAGGUUAAGAUAACAAAUGUUCAAACUUGACAAGAAUAAAAAAUUUUUUGAACAUUGAAUGUAUGAUUCAUAUUUACAAAUGGCUUCUUUCUUUUUAAAUUUGGUACAGUAAGACAUUUUAUAUCAGUUUUAAAUUGAGACAUACAAAAAUUAGUAUCUGCCAAAAUUAAGGAAUUUUAGGUAGGGAAGUGAAUUCAUUGAGUGAGAUAUAUUGAUUAAUACAUCAAUGAAUUUCCUAAAAUUUUUACUUUCUCUCUCAUAAAGUAUGUACACAAUGUAUUUUCAAUUUGACUGUUGAUGUGAAAACAUAUCUUGGAACUCACAUAAAAAUGUAAAUUUUCGUGAAAAUUCAGUAUCUGUAAACACUGUAACAAACAAGCAGUCCACUAUUUACCAGAUUAAAAAAAAACUUUAUAUUAUGUGAAUAACCUGAUUUAUGCCUUUCAGAUUAUAGUUUAAUUUUUAAAUAUUCAUUUUAAAUAAAUUUUAUAAUAAAACAUUUUUAAUAAAGAAAUGCAAAUUUUGGUACUAUUUUUCAAAAGCAAACCUAGUUUGAUUUAAAUAUUAAAUUCGUUCCUCACCUUUAAGUAACAGAGAAGAAAAGACACUUUAUUAAAAACAAUCUGUUAUAUGUAAAUCUAAAAAUUUCAUUGUAUGCUAUUUUAAUAUUUUGUUGAAAUACUGUACAAUUAGAAUUAAUAGACUCAUAUUUUAAUAUAUACACUAAAAAAUAAUUUUGGGGUUUUGAUUGAUUUGUUAAAAUGUAUUGUUAAUGAAUAAAACAUUGUUAGGUAUAAUCUUACAGAUAAGUUAGUGUUUCAUAAGUCAUCCUUUGAUAUGGAUCCUUUAGAUUGUUAACUCAGGUGAAGUACUUUAUUCCUCAAAAAUUUCAUAAUUAAAUUCCAGAACUGAUCUGUUUUCCUUGUAAUGGCACUCAGUGAAUUGAAUAGUGAUAUUUAUAAUAGAUUAGAAGGGGAAAAAGUGCUCAUUGGCAGGGUGAACUCACUUGCUGCUGCUACCUUUGAUGCACUGUCACACACUCACAUGCUUUACCAGGAUUCCAUGCUCUUCAUAUCAGUCUGAUGUGUGUUCGAUUUUUAAUUUAUGCUUAAUUAAGAUUCCUAGGCUAACAUGCAACUUUAUUUACUAUUAACAUAAGCUUGAACUGGAAAAUUUCAAAAAUGUUAUUAGUUUAUAAUCUUGUUUUGUACUAUGUUGUAAUAUAUUGUUGUAUAUUAAAUAUUAUUAGUGUCAAAAGCCAAA